AUGCCCACUAUUUUUGCUUUGAUAGAAAUCCUAAAUAAAUACUCAGAAUAUCUAGUUACAACCAAUGCUAGUAUGAAUAAACUUCAUAAUAGUAAUGAAAAUGCUCGCAAAUUUGAAAAUAAUAGUACUAUAUAUCGAAUUGCUGCUUUUGAAUUUAAUAGUCUUAAUAAAAAUUAUAUUCAACUUAAUAAUACCUUACUUGAAAAACAAUU